CCAGUGCCGGAUCCUGGGCUGCCAGGGGGGCGCGGAGAUUGGGGGAGGGAGACAGCAGCAGCAUGGCGGCUGGGAGGGAGCCGCACAGCCCAUCUUUUCCUUACUGUCGCCGCCGCCGCCACAGGAGUCACUGCGACCCUCUAGUCUGCGUCUGUUAGUUGUGAGCCGCCGCCCAUCGGACAACCCUACGCUCCACCGGCCCUCUUUCUUUUCGCCGCCACUGCCAGCCCGAGGGUCUGGCCGGCAGGGUAACUCAUCCUCCCACCCCACCCAGCAGCCCGCGGGUCCGGACCAUGGAGGACGUGAAGCUGGAGUUCCCUUCCCUCCCACAGUGCAAAGAAGACGCCGAGGAGUGGACCUACCCUAUGAGACGAGAGAUGCAGGAAAUUUUACCUGGAUUAUUCUUAGGCCCAUAUUCUUCUGCUAUGAAAAGCAAGCUACCUAUACUACAGAAACAUGGAAUAACCCAUAUAAUUUGUAUUCGACAAAAUAUUGAAGCAAACUUUAUUAAACCAAACUUUCAACAAUUAUUUAGAUAUUUAGUCUUGGAUAUUGCAGAUAAUCCAGUUGAAAAUAUCAUACGUUUUUUCCCUAUGAGUAAGGAAUUUAUUGAUGGGAGCUUACAAACUGGAGGAAAAGUUCUUGUCCAUGGAAAUGCAGGAAUUUCCAGAAGUGCUGCCUUUGUUAUUGCAUAUAUUAUGGAAACAUUUGGAGUGAAAUACAGAGAUGCAUUUGCUUAUGUCCAAGAAAGAAGAUUUUGUAUUAAUCCAAAUGCUGGAUUUGUCCAUCAACUUCAGGAAUAUGAAGCCAUCUACCUAGCAAAAUUAACAAUACAGAUGAUGUCACCACUCCAGAUAGAAAGGUCCUUAUCUGUCCAUUCUGGUACCACAGGCAGUUUGAAAAGAACACAUGAGGAAGAAGAUGAUUUUGGAAACAUGCAAGUAGCAACUGCACAGAAUGGCUGACUGAAGACAAACACAAAGGGUGUGAAUUUCUAUUGGGAAAGGAAACAAUUCUAGAAAUAAUAAUAGUAAUGUUAAAUGGUAAGGACACAAGUAGUUUCUUUGCAAUUAUAUGUUGCUUCCAGACAUGUUUCUCUGCAACUUGUUGAGCAACAUUUUAAGAAGAUGUUGGACUUCUGCAAUAGAUGGCACUGAUGGUUUUACUUUUUUUUUAAACACUUUACAGUUUAUUAUAAACCAAGAACUUUGGACUUGCAAAGAGGUAUUAUUGCAAUAAUGCACUUUUCAUACUUGAAAUUUAUUUGUAUGAUAUAAAGUUAUUACUUUAAACAAAAUGCAAGUUAGGGGGGAUUUGUUUAUAAAUUUUGGGUAAUUUAUAACAAGAAUUUCCUAAGGUUUGCUAAAAAUUCAUUUUGUGUUCUAUGUAUUACAUUUUUAAAAUAAUUUUACAGUUCAGUUUUAUGAUGGAGCCUCUUACAGAAACAUUAACAAAAUACAGGAAUCUGCCACAUUUUUUAUUAUAAUUCAGUUACUUACCAUUUUAUUUUUUUAAAUUUCUUGAUUCUUUAUUAGUAUUCUUUCAAUCAUGACAUUAACCAACUAUCUUUACUGUAAUUUAAAUUAAGUAAAUGCUUCCUUUCAUAAUUUGUAUAUUCUAUAGGAAAAAAAGGUUUUUAAUGAUCAAAGAAAGAUGUUUUGCUUCAUAUUACCAGAUGCUCAAAAACAAGGAGAGUGUUCAAUUUUCAAGUGACUUUCUAUUUUGCUUUUUUCUUUUAAGCCAAAUGUUGUAUUUGUUCUUUUCAGAAUUGUCUAGCUUUUUUGACCUUUGUCCAAAAUGGUUCUAAAUAGAAUGUGAUAAACCGAUGUAGCACUAUUUUUUUUUCUAAAUGAAGCCCCCCAAAAGAAAGUGCCUUGAAUUAUUUUUGAAGAAAAUUAAAUUCUCAUGACCUCUAAGUUAGUAUGUAGAACACUGAAGAGUUCUUAACAUUUUUCUGUAAUUUUUUUUUAAAUGUUUAAAAAUUAGCUUAAACUGAACGGGUGAGGCUUAAAGAAAAUGUUACUAAAUUUUUUGAAAUAUGGAACAUUCACUGUUUUAUGUUGUAUUAAUGAUUCUGUGAGAUUAUUCUAGCUCAGACAAAAGGUCUUCUUGAAUAUGAAUUUAUUGGGGGAAAUGAUUUGUGGGUAGUUUUAGUGGUUCUUAAAUUAGUGAAUUAAUCAGUUCUUUGAGUUGAUCCAAAUUUCCCCCCUUAAUUUGCAUUAGCAGUCACUUUAUGAAUCUUUAGUUCUUCAUACUUUUAUUUAUAUGUACAAUAGUUGUUCUAAGAAAAACAUUUUUGCUAUCUUAAGUGUGAUGUGAGGGAAGUUUUUAACUUUUUAUAGUUGAUGACUUUAGGUGUAGCACAAACAAAACUUUGUAUCUCACUUUUCUCAGUCCUCUCUUGAGGUGCUUUACUGAUGGGAAUGAAAUCUCUGCAUUCCCAUAGUACCAAGGAGGUGUACUUUUAAGGUAACUUAUUACACCAGGUUACUUACUUACUUUCCUCCCUAUGAUGUAAUAAUACAGAAGAAGAAGAAAAAAAAAAAAACUUUUAUCCCCCAUAGUGGACAGUGAAAAUUUAUUGAAAUUACUGUUAAGUCCUGUUGACAUGUGGUAUUCUUCUGAUUGGCCAUCUUCUCUCCUCUUACCACUCUGAAAAUAGCAUAUUAUUAACCCCAUUGUGGUCCAGUAGUCUAUUGUGUGAUUACAACAUUUUGUGUAGUGAUCUAGUGAAGUCAAGAUUGCAUUGGAUGUUCAAAAGUUCUAGCUGGUAAAAAAUCAGGUACCACAGCUUUCCUGUAUGUAGAUCAUUAUUGAACAGGUCAGCAAACAUCUCUUGCAAUCUCUAACAGAAACUGCUAUAAUCUUCAUAAAAGCAAAUUUAUAUUUAAAAAUUAGGCAGUUGAAGUUUUUAUUUAAUUCACUUUAUAAAAAUAUAUAUCCUCUAUAGCAGUCUGGCAAAGAAAUACAAAUUUGGCUAGUGAUACCAAUUUGUAGCUGGGUAAUUUUUCUUUUUCUAACCACUAUCAUUUCUAUGUUGUCACUAAAGUGCCUGCCCAGCACUAUAUACUAAAGACAGUCUCAAUCUAGAAAACAGGACUAUCAUCUUGCAUACAAUGUUAAUGGGACAAAACAUGAGGUUUACCCUUUCGUAUAAGAACGUUGCAAGUCCCCUGACCCCUUAGAUCUCUUUAUCCACUUAGUGUUCAACUAGCUUUUUUGUAACUCUACUUGUUCUUUAUUCUAUUUGGUCUCAUUUCUGUGCUUUUAUUUCCAGUGAUGUUUUAUGAUAGAUAAUUAUGAUUAACUUAACUAAUCAUGAUUUAUUUUAGAGUAUUUGAAUAAUGUAUGAGAUAUCACCCAAUUUUAACCUUAAAUAUAUAAUCCAGGCACAAUAUUUAAAAUGAAAUUGAAUCAAAAUGUAGGCAAACUACAUUACUAUGCAUUUUGAAUACUGAAAAUAGUCAAACUGGAAUGACAGUAUUCUUGUAAUUUCAGUUAUUUGGUUCAUGUUAAUUUGUUAUCCAUUAGGUAUUUAAACAAUAGUUAUUUUUAUUUGUAUCUACUCUGGUGGAAAUGUUAAACUGUGAUAGCUUUUGCUACCAAUUCUCAACCAAUUAACUUUUAGAGCAGAAUACUCAUUUUGCGGGGGGAUUGUGUGCUUAGGAAUCUUGAGUUUAGAAGUAAUGUCAGAAAACGUUAAGCAUGUCCUUUUCAAGAAAAUAUAAGGUUCCUAAUUGUCUUAUUACCCUGGUAAUUCAAGUGAAUUAGAAGUAUUUAACUGCAGUCUUGAAUUAUAAAGUUGAGAUGUAUCUAUCAGGAUCUCAGCUUGAUGUAAAGUAAAUGAGCAGUUACCUGGCGGAUUUCUUUUUUAAAUAAUUGGUUUAAUCCAUAAUUCCAUUACAUAGCUUCACUUCAGUAUUUACCUUUGUCCAUUCAUUGAUAAUAACAGGAAGUAGCUAAGAAUUACUAAAAUAUUUUAAUUUAUUUAUUAGGAAAAUAAGUUUCUAGGGUAUUUGAGUGCUGGAUUUUUCUUUUUCUUUCCCAUUCAUGGCAGCUAUUUAAAAAAAAAAAAAAAACUCGCUCAAAAUAUUCAGGUUUACAUGUUAGCUCCCUCUCAGAGGGAGUUGCCAUACCUCACAAUUCAAAGUGUAUUCUAUAGAUCAGUAACAUACUGACAUGUAAUUGCAAUUUACUAUGCAGCAAAAAUGAUUCAAGAAGAAAACAUUACAGUGUCUAUUUACCUUUGUAUAAGCAAUUGCUUACAUUACUCUGCUUUUAACAUUUGUACUUGGAUAAAAUGCUUAUGUAUGUAUAGGAAUGUCAUAGUGCAAAAUGCUGCUACCCGAGGCACAAAGUAUUAAAAUUAUUUUGUGAAGAUUGGUGGUUGUAUUAAAACUGUUGUGCCAUUAUACCUCAAAAAUAUUGAAAAGUUCAUUCGUA